CCAGCAGUACACGAGCAUCUGCGCGUUCAGGACAAGUGGUUUCAGUUGCGACGCGCUCUCUCUCCUGUUGAAAUCAAAAGAUUGUGCUUAUCACUGAGACAUCACUGAGACUUAUUUGAGAAAUACUGACAUGAGAGCACACGUGAGACUUAUUUCUUUUAUCUUUAUUGUCAGUUUGAUUUGGUUCACGCGCUGCGCGCCGCCGACAUGUUAUUCGCGCGUGCUGGUACUCAGUAGAGAAAUCACGGAGAUUUUGGACAAAAUUCAUAAAUCCAGUCGCACGAAAACGUGCGCUGAGAUUUUGCCAAAGAUGUUUCUCGAUGUGCACAACUCUUGCAUCACAACAAAGUUGCGAGAUUUCCUGUAUGUGCUUCAGAAUCUGCCCAUUGAAGACUGUAAAGAGAAACCGCGCAUUGGACACCUGAAGCGGCGAGUACAGAUGUUGUACAACAUCAUUAACCGCAUGUGUUAUCGGGAUUUGGUGUAUUUCACAGAUGACUGUGUCGCUCUGGAAACAGGAAACAGCAGUCCUCGAUACACAGAAGACCGACUGCAACUUCUAGAAGAAGAAAACUGAGAAACAAACACUUUCAUUCAAUGCGUCGAGCUCGCAACGACCAUCCCCAAUAUUGAACUAAAACACUUGUGUUGGUUUCAUUCGAUAUGUUGAUAUUAGGACAAAAAUCAUAUGCUGGUUAAGAAUUUUUGUGUUGUUUUUCUGUAAAAAUAUCUAAAAAUCAUCAAAACGAAAAAUGUGAUUGAUCUUGUUUUAGGAACAGCACUGAAUCAGAUAUUUCAUAGUCAAAACAAGUGAACAAAUCUACCAGUGCUGAAGAAGUAAUCCAAAGUAUUUAGAUUACAUUACUGACCUUGAGUAAUCUAACAGAAUACGUUACAAAUGACAUAUUACAGCAUGUAUCCUGUAAUCUGUGGAAAACAUUUGAAAGUAAUCCUCCAAUCCUUGUGUGUAUUUAAACAUUCCACCAGCAAGGGAAAAACAUUCCCACAGGAAAUUUGUGAAAUGCCGGUCGUUCCUCUCAAACCUUUCAAUAAUAAACGGUUGGGUAUUUGCAUGCUGCACUUUGGCUUUUUGAGCACAACAUGUUAUUGAGAUGGUUUGUAUGUUUUACUCUCAGCACACGCUUAAACAUGCAUGACACGCAUGCUGCACAUUGGAAGAAAUCUAUGACCAUCUUAAUUGUCAUUAUUUCUUGUUGUUUGGGAUUGAGAGACUCAUUAUGUAUGUGUAUUUUUAUAUAGCCCUUUUAUAAGUGUACUCGUUCUUAUAAAAUACGAAAAAACGGACAGAAAUGUGAGUUGCAGGGAUGUUUUGAACAGCAACAGAUGGGACGAUGAACACCUGGAAACAAACAUGUGUCAGCGUUUGGCAGUGGAUUUCCAUUAAUCAUGUCACUUAUAGGACUUAUAACCGUUAUGUAAUUGACUGCUCUAUAAAUCAUCUGUAAUAAAUGAACUGCUGCUCAGGGGUUUGGCUUUAUUUUAUG